UUCAAGCAUGCUUUACUCACACAUCAGAUCAUCAGAUGAUGGUAAUUUGCAAACAAAUGCCCUAGGACACGCUACCGGGUGAUAUAUUCUACAGUCAAUAUUGUCCUGUGGAGGUGGUUUCACACCUCACCUGUUUAUCGGUAAAGUCAUGUCUCUCUGUCAAAACGUCUCAGUCAGAUGGAGAUAGCUGAGGACUACUUUUGUUUUGUACUUUUCAAGAUAAAGACUUAACUUAGACUGAAAAUGGGCGAGGUAAAGCCCACUGAGCUCAUCGUCAUCUGUUUCAUGCUGCUUCACGGUUUUGUUGCUGCAUUGAACUGCACCAGCCCGACCCCUAAAGCCCUGUUGCACGCACUUGAGAGCAGCUUGUUACCUGAAAAACGUGUGCGUCCUGUGAAAAGCUUUUCAGAUCCAUUGAACGUAACCAUCAGCAUCACUGUGGUGGGGAUUUUAGGAGUGGAUGAAAAAGCCCAAACGCUCACAACGGUCUUGUGGGAAGUUCUGGAGUGGAAGAUAGAGGGACUGAGCUGGGACGAGAAGGAAUGUGGAACCACAAGGGUGUCCCUCCCCCGGGAGAUGCUUUGGACUCCUGACGUAAUCAUCUCCGAAUUCAUGGAAGAGGACAAAUCUCCCGGGACUCCCUACGUCUACUUGAACAACACAGGUCAUGUAUUUGAUGACAAGCCAAAGCGAGUUGUCAGCUCCUGCCAGUUAGGGAUCUACACUUUCCCCUUCGAUGUCCAGAACUGCACUCUGACCUUUGGGGCGUAUCUACACUUUGCUUCGGACAUCAGGAUGAUUCAGGGCUACUCAGCUGCUAUGACACUGGAGGAGUCCAAAGAAGUGAUGCAGACCAAAGGGGAGUGGGAGCUGGUAGACAUCACUGUGGGUCAAACCACCCUGACAAUAGACGUGGGAAGUUACUCUGAGAUCAAAUACCAUAUCAUUCUGAAACGGAGGCCGACCCUCUACGUGGUGAACCUGCUGAUCCCCAGCUGCUUCCUCGUCACGCUGGAUCUCUUCAGCUUCAUGCUGCCUCCCCACAGCGUGGACCGCGCCUCCUUCAAGAUGACCCUCAUCCUGGGCUACACGGUCUUCUUGCUCAUCAUGAACGACCUGCUCCCCGUCACCGGGGAGCAAACGCCUCUCAUAAAUGUCUUCUUCUCCCUCACCCUGGCGCUGAUGGUGGCCAGCCUGUUGGAGACGGUGUUCAUCACUAACAUCCAGUUCAGCUCCAGCCAGUACGGAACCGUGCCUCCCUGGCUCAGGGUCCUCGUGCUGCGGUAUCUGGCUUUUUUGGUUUGUCUCAAGCCAAAGAAACCGAGCAACAAAGUCACAGUCAACCUCAGCUCAUCUAACACAGAGCCAGCCGUGAAUUCCAGCAUCACCAGCAUCUCAGUUCAAAACAUCUCUAGUAACGCCAAACUACAGGAAGCCCCACCCGCGGCCCCUCCGGACCCGGGCCUGGUUGAACUGAGGAAGCUGAGCAGAGACCUCACGGCCAUCCGCUGCCAGGUGGACAAACACUCCCAGGGGAACAGUUCCUCGCAGGACUGGCUAAUGGUCGGGGUUGUCAUCGACCGUCUGCUGUUCUGCUUGUACAUUGUCUUCAUCAGCGCCAGCUUCAUCACCAUCAUCUGUAUCUGGGCCUUCAACAACUCCAUUGGAGCAUGAUUUUCUUUCUGGCAAUACGUGCAUGAUAUUGUUUGUGAGUCAAUCUCGAAAAACACGCAUUAGAGAAGAUGAAGGCCUGUGAACACAAACAAAAAGAGCCACAACCUGAAACCUGUAAUAAGGUCAGAUUCUAACUGUAAUGUGUGUGUUAAAGUGAAAAUCUAGCCAAAAUGCAACUCAGGCGUUGAAUGUAUGCAAGUCAAACCUUCGUGUAAAAGCAUAAUUACAACAAAAGAGGCACUUAUAAGAUUUACUGUAUUUUUGUUUUUGGGUCAAAAUCAUUUGCAAUGGGAGUGCA